AUGUCUUUUGUGUGGGUUCAGCAGUGGUUCACGGUUCCAGUCAUUGUCGAAGGACAGAUGGGUGAUAUACCCUCCGAUUCCCAGUCCCAUCCCAUGGACUACGCUGCAGCUGGUCUGCCGCGUGAUGACCAGCAUGAUCUGCUGCCAUCCUCGUCUCCUUACAAGUUGCAAGAUAACAAUACGCCAUUCUACGCUCAGUUGAGCUCCAUCUCUCAGGGACACCACCGGCCUGACCAUCGUUCGCCCGCACAGUCUGCACCCUAUUAUGCGUCGCACCACGAAUCCUCUUCAUUCAAAAUGGGCGCAAUGGCUGGCGCAUUGCCUGAAUACGGCUCCGAUAUGCAGCACCAGUCUUCGCAGGCCGUUCCACGUUCGCUGCCUGGCGCGUCAACAUCGGCUGUUGUCUACCAGCUUGGACAGAACAUGCAAAUGCCAGCGCAUGCGUCGAACGGCAUGGCCGUCCAUCCUUCCUACGGCUCCAACUACGGGGCGAACCCGUAUCAGCAAGGAUACAUGCCAUCACAAAACCCACAGAACGGAGUCUACCCACCGUACAACCUGAGCCAGCCGCGGAUUCAGGGAGUGGCACCAAUCCACAAUCCAUACCAGCCGUACCCGCAAGCCCCACAGUACAUGUAUUAUCCCACAUCGUACGGUCCUCAAGGACACUACCCGCAAGGUUAUGCAGCGCAAGGCAUGCAAGGACACACGAUGUAUGGCAGGAGACCCAGUUUAUCGACAGCCCCUUCCGGUGUUCCUGGACAGAACGCAGACAUCCCAUCUCAUGAUGGCAGCACGCGAAUGGGGCAUAGUGAGCAGAAUAUGCCUUAUUAUCCAGUGCCAGGAAUGCCUCGAUCAGCUUCUGUCAGCUCCAUCCCACGCGGUCCGCCUCGAAAACCAAAGCAAUCGGGCCAUGCGCUCUGGGUGGGCAAUCUACCACCCGGGACUACGGUGGUGUCGUUGAAAGAUCACUUCUCCCGCGAGGCUACCAAGGAUAUUGAGAGCCUGUUCUUGAUAUCUAAAAGCAACUGCGCUUUUGUCAACUACCGUACGGAAGCCUCAUGCACUGCUGCAAUGCACAGAUUCCACGAUUCGCGCUUCAAUGGAGUACGCCUGGUCUGCCGACUACGUCGUAGCUCAGCACCCGCAGCAGGAGUGCCUACAGGGCCUUCAGCUAUGACUUCCCCUCCACACAUUGCCGCAUCUCCGCCAAUGUCACCCAGACAGAACAGUGAAGCCAUCGACGGUUUGCCGGAGGAGACUUCCGAGUCACAGGCACACGAGAAUGGAGAUGGCACUCCCACUAUGACCACUAGCAAAUAUUUCAUUGUCAAGAGUCUUACCUUGCAGGACCUGGAACUCAGUAUACGAAACGGUAUCUGGGCAACCCAAUCUCAUAACGAGGAUGUGCUGAACAAGGCUUACCAGUCGGCGGAGAACGUGUACCUAAUCUUUUCGGCGAACAAGUCAGGAGAAUACUUUGGUUACGCCCGCAUGAGAUCACCUAUCCUAGAAGACGAUCCAGUCCUUGUCAGCUCAGCCCCGAAAACCGAGAACAUCAUGGACGCGCCAGAUGUGCCAAAGUCAAUUCCAACACUGGCAACAGAAUGGGCACCAAGGGGCAGAAUCAUUGACGACUCAGCCCGAGGCACUAUAUUUUGGGAAGCAGAACUGUCCGAGUCGGAGGGCGAAGAAGAGGCGACUGUGAAGGUCGAACCCCAGACGGACGGCGAUUCACCGGUCGUCGCACAAAGCUGGGGUAAACCCUUCAAGGUUGAAUGGCUGUCCGCAAACCGUCUUCCCUUCUAUCGAACUCGCGGUCUGCGCAACCCCUGGAACGCGAACCGCGAAGUCAAGAUCGCACGGGACGGAACCGAGCUCGAACCUAGUGUAGGUGAACGUCUGAUCCAAAUGUUUCACCGCUUGGGCCCUUCGAUGCCUCCGGUCCAAUUGGGAGGCCCCAUCAUGCCUCAGAUGAGACCCUUCUAGGCCAAUGCGACCCGGUCCUCCGGUCUACAUGGUUGUGGUGUUGUACGUUGCACUGCUUUGGCGUCUUUCAGAUCGCUGCACUAUGUUUCGCCUAAUCCUGGAUAACAGUAUGGAGCCUGGAACGUGUUGCACCGCCGGGUCUGUCAUCAGAUCUUCUAUGUUUGCUCUUCGGCUGGUACGGGAGUUGACAAGUCACAAAGAGUCACGCAACGAUCAAGACACGAUAGACAGCCCAUAUGUGCGCAUAGUCGUAUCUCUCCCGCUGUAAUAUAUUGGCGUUUGGAAGUCCUUCGGAUCCCCUCAGGCAUAACAAGUAAUAGUAAUCGCACGGUUUCCCACCCAUCUGUAUCUUCUCUCCCAUUGCAGUUCUUGACAUGCGUGUUCUCACAUCUCCAUUCCUGUUUGCCCUGAUUCAGAUGUCAAUUUUACCCCACCCUAAAGUUGCCACCGAGAAGGUAUCAGCUCAUACUCAAUGUACUCGUUUA